AUGCUAAUACUAUUAUUCUUGCUGUUCGUCUCUGCACCACUUUGCAAAUACGUCCUCUACCCAUUGGCAUAUGCAUGUCUGAAAUGGAAGCGUCCGGUCAGAAAGUUCACUGCUCCAACUGCCAAAAUCCGAGAGAUUCUGAAUCCAGAUAAAGAGGAAUGGGAACUCGAACAUAUCAAGAAUGAGGAAAUAAUCACAAUCAGUGGAUCUGGCGAAAAUGACAGUUUCAUUUACAUUCAAAUAAUCACAACUAACGGAAUUCACACUUCUCAUAUCAGAAUCUAUGAGAAAGGAACUCUCUACUCGGGAUCAUUCGACGCCUACUUCACAGAGAAUCGCACGAUAACUUGUGGUCCAUUGCUUCUCGAACUCAGAAAUCCAUUCCGUAAAUGGAGAAUCAAUUUCCGUGGAUAUUUGAGUGAUUCAGAUGGUAAUUCCCAUUUUUUGAUUUUGUCUGGAUGGUGGAGAUGUGUUACGAAUGCAAGAUUCUUCUACUCAAACUCCCCAUUAAAGGUUUUCACUGAUAUUUACAGUGAGAAACCGAUUGAUGUGUUGAACAAUUUGAAGGAGAUCGAGAAAUAUCGAAUGGGAAAAGUUCUUCACCAAAUGGGAGAGUACCAUGCGGAGAUCAAAGUUGGGAAUGGAGAAGUCGUAGAACAUAGGUACAGAGGAUUACGUCAUAGAAAUCCACUGGAAUUGGAGACAAUUUCUACACAGUUUCAUACAUAUUUGAGUGACGGAAACGCCAUAUCCCACCGAGUCCACUCCCUCAACAGCUUGAAGUCCGUUACCCAUGCCAUCUCAUUCCGUGCCGACCACAGCGUCCGUGCUGUAACUCUCAAAAGUGCGCAUUCCCUCGAGUCGGAUAACAUGCUACCGGUUCAAUUCAACUAUUCUUCUGGACACUUUUUGCCUCUUCAAUUGAGAAAAGGACACAAACUAUCUCAUUUCACGUUUCUCCGUGAAGAUAGCAAAGUGGUCGAUGUGACUGCUAUCAAAGUCAACUCGGCUAUUUAUACCGGAGUUGGAUUUGUUGUUCGAGUCAGAGAGGCACUUCAUAAGUCUCCAGUAAAGAGUUUGGAUAACUUUCCAGAGUAUCAUGCGACAGAUUCAGAGAGAUUGAAGCAAGUGGUUCCGUUCGGUCAUCGAGCAUGUCAGGAUAAAAUGUUGACAGGUGGAAAAGGAGCGAAUCUGGCAAGACUUCAGGCGAUCACUAGUGAUUUUCAUGUGCCACCAGGAAUCGUUGUAACAACAGCGGCGUUCAAUGAACAUGUCCGAAGAAAUCCGAAUGUAGCUGAAGAAAUCAAGUGCCUUGAUCAGAAUGAUCAGACUGUCGAUUACUAUGAAGCUGUUGGAAAACGAAUCGAAGAGCUCUUAAUCCAAAGCGAAGUCUCCCACGAUCUCCAGGAACAAAUCAGAGAGUGGCUACCGUUCUCUGAGUAUUAUGCAGUACGGUCCUCGGCGGUUGGCGAGGAUGGAGCUGAUCUUUCUUCUGCCGGGCAACUUGAGAGCUAUCUGGAUGUUUUUAGUCAUGAGAUCAGUGACAAGUUGAAAUUAUGUUGGGCAUCAAAUUUCAGACGCGAGGUUUUGAAUUAUCGAAAAAACUACGGUCAACAAUUGAACCCAUCGAUGGCUGUUGUGAUCCAAGAGAUGAAUAGAAAUGGUGUGGCUGGAGUGAUGUUCACGGCCAAUCCAGUGAAGUUAGAUAGAGGAGAAAUCGUGAUAAAUGCGUUGACUGGCAGUGGAGAACAGAUUGUUAGUGGCGUGACGACUCCAGAUGAGAUUCAUGUGAAUCGGUUUAGCAAGGAGAUUGUUGUUAAUAAAACAGGAGAGAUCUGCUGCCUCCACGACUAUCAAAUCGAAAAACUCACCAAAGUUGGCGAAUACUUGGAACGAAUUUUCGGAAAACCACAAGAUGUUGAAUUUGUGGUGCGUGGAAAUCAAGUGAACAUAGUGCAAAGUCGAGAUGUUACUGGAUUAGACAAGGAGACCCCAUUCGAGAUAUACACUGAGUACAACUCUCCGAGUAUUCAUGACAAGGAAAUGCUGACGAAUGCAAAUGUUGGAGAAGUGCUUCCAGCACCUGUGAAUGCUAUGGAAGCUCAUAAUUUGACAGGGAUGUUUGAUAAAGUUAUUUCGUGCAUGACAAUGCAAGAGAUCAACGACGUGGUCCCUGCUCAUACUACAAUCGGGUUCUCGGUGGCUCACCGGAAGAUAUUCUUCAAUUUAGGAGAAGUUGUGCUCAGAAUUUGGGAAAUGGUUGAAAAGGACAGAAUCACUGACAUUGUGAUUGCCGGUGAGACACUCUUCAGUGAUGAAAUGUUCCGACAAGCCGCUCAUCAAUACGGAAGAGUCUCUCCAUUCUUCCCGUUGAAACGAAUGUAUCACAUGAUUAAAUUGAUAUACUUCACGUCGAAUAGCGUAAAAGAAAAAAUUGCAAAGUUGGAUGAAGAAGCGAAGAGAUUGAUUCCGAAGGAUGAUAUGCCGGUCGAAGAAGUGUUCAAGAGAUACGAAGAGAUGGAGAAGUUGUGGUGUGAUGCAAUCAGAUGUCACACGGAUUUGUCAAUGUUCUCCUCGUUUACAUAUGUUUUGUGUGGGAUGCUGAUUAGAGGAAGUGAUACCGGACCUCUCUCCAACGAGAACAUUUCCGACUUCGCCAACGUCUUCUCCAACAACUCCCGUGGUGAUGUUGUCAGCGCAGACGUCCCGAAUUCUCUGAAAAAACUGGCUAAAACUAUCCGAGACGAUGGUCUUGAAACGGAAUUCUGUGCCGCCGAGGGAGCCGAGGAAUCAUUGAAAACUCUUAAAAAUGGAAGAAAAAGUACAGAGGAACUCAGAAGAUUUUUGGAUUUACAUGGACAUCGAGGACCGAAAGAGUUGUAUUUGGAUGCUGCCACAUGGGAGGAGGAUACGGAUUUAUUGGUUCACACAAUUAAGAGUAUGUUGGCUUGUCCGGAAACUUCGGAUAAGAGAAUCGAGAACGAAGAUGAUAUAAUUGACAAUUUGAAGUGUAAGCCGACAGGGAUGAGGAGACGCUUCCUGAAAUACUUUAUCGGUCAAACACAUCGAGGCGUCGCCUUCCGAGAGACUGCUAAAAAUCACCUUGUCUCUACUACCAAUUCCGUCCGAAAAACUUGCAGAAUGGUUGGCAAACGGCUCUAUGAAAAGGGCUACCUCCCAGAUCCAAAACUUUGGAUGCACUUCUCCAUGGAUGAACUCAGAGAACUGAAUGAGACUCGGAGCGCCAAACUAGUCUCCAGAGCCAUUAGAAGAAACAAGAUUGCUUCAAAGUUUGAGGGUCUUCAAUUCCCACUAGUCGCUCAUGGAUACAUGAAUCCGAUUAAUGUAGAGAUUGCCGAAACUGAUGCAAGUGUUGGUCUAGUCCUUCGUGGUACUACAGUAUGCGAGGGGAAGGUUAGAGCAAGAGCCCGAGUUGCGAAGACACUGGAAGAAGCGAAGGAGACAAAGCCAGGAGAAGUUCUGAUUACCAAGUACACUGAUAUCUGUUGGUCUCCAUUCUUCCCGAUCAUUAGUGGAAUCGUCACAGAGAUUGGAGGAUUGUUGAGUCAUGGAGCAGUGGUGGCAAGAGAAUACGGGCUGCCGAGUCUGAUUGCUGUCACCAAUGCAACUCAUCACUUCAAAACUGGUGAUCUUGUCGAGCUGGAUUCGAUCAGUGGAACCAUUAGUCGAUUGGAUGAAAAUCAUCAUGAAUAA